GCAACAGAUCGAGCAGCAAGCUAGUCGCUAGAGCAGUGUGCGCCGAGUAGAUAUACAGCUACGCUUCCUAUAGGAUACUAUGGCGGCGAAGGACGUGGCGCCGGCGGUGACGCUGAGCAACGGGCAUCACGGCGGCGGGAUGCCGGCGGCGGCGACGAAGCUGAGCAACGGGCACAGCAGGAAGGCGGUGCCGGCGGUGACGCUGAGCAGCGGGCACCGGAUGCCGGCGGUGGGGCUGGGCGUGUGGCGGAUGGAGAAGACGGCCGUGCGCGGCAUCAUCCACGCCGCCAUCCGCAAGGGGUACCGGCAUUUUGACUGCGCCGCAAAAUACCAAAAUGAAGCUGAAGUUGGUGAUGCACUUGAAGAGGCAUUCAAAACUGGGCUUGUCAAGAGGGAGGACCUUUUCAUCACCACCAAGCUGUGGAACUCGGAUCAUGGGCAUGUGAUUGAAGCCUGUAAGGAUAGCUUGAAGAAGUUGAAGUUAGAUUAUCUGGAUCUCUAUCUUGUUCACUUCCCAGUGGCUACUAGGCACACUGAAGUAGGCUCACUUGCUAGCGUUAUUGGUGAGGAUGGUGUGCCAGACAUUGACACCACUGUCUCACUGGAAGCAACAUGGCAUGCAAUGGAAGAUCUUGUUAAUAUGGGACUGGUUCGCAGCAUCGGAAUUAGCAACUACGGUGUAUUCCUCACCAGAGACUGCUUGGCCUACGCCAAGAUAAAGCCUGCUGUAAACCAAAUUGAGAUGCACCCUUACUUCCAGCGUGAUUCUCUUGUCAAAUUCUGCCAGAAGCAUGGCAUCUGCGUCACCGCUCACACCCCCUUGGGUGGCUCCACUGCCAACGCCGAGCUGUUCGGCUCGCUCUCAUGCCUCGACGACCCUGUCAUCAAGGAGUUGGCUGAGAAGUACGGCAAGACGCCUGCGCAGCUGGUCCUCCGGUGGGGCCUCCAGAAGAACACGGUGGUGAUCCCCAAGACCUCCAAGGUGGAGAGGCUGCAGGAGAACCUGGAGGUGUUCGACUUCGACAUCUCGGACGAGGACAUGGAGAAGAUGAAGGCCAUCGACAAGAACCACCGCACCAACCAGCCUGCCAAGUUCUGGGGCAUCGACGUGUAUUCUUAGCUUUUCUUGCGCGUGAUCUCAGAUCCUGCUCUGAAAACUUGCUCCAUCCCCAUCCACGUACUGUCUGGAAUAAAAUCGAUAAUUUUUUCUUUCUAUUUCUACAUGUGAGCUCGAUUUCCCGUCGGUAAAUUGAAAAUGAUCGUGACAUCUGAUGGCAUUGUUGCAUAUCGUGUUAUGAAUUUGCAAAGCAUAUAAAUAGUAGGUGAUUGAACA